CCACGUCACCACACCACAGGCAGCAGUCAGAGGCCUCACAGGUUGAAAGAGCCAUUGCUUUGGGUUUGAUGUGGUGCCAACCAGAGGAUUCUGGGCCUUGUCGUUACUACAUCUCCCAGGGUGCACCCCGGCGGCGCUCAGAUCUCUGGGUAAUAGACGGGAAGCGGAGGGACUACAUCACCCAGCAUGCAGCGCGGGCUGGCGGCAGUUGGCGGAGAGAGGCCGCCGCCAUGGUUCACGGGUUCCUGGUGCUCGCGCUGAGCUCAGCGGAGGAGAGCAACUGCCGCCUCCUCUACUCCCGGCAGUUCGGCUCCGAUGAGGUGGGCAGAGGUGAGGACCCGGCGGCGGGGGAGGAGGAGGGAGACCUGCGGGCGCGGAGGCUGGUGAGGAAGGAGCGUCUGGCGGCGGUGAGCAGGCAAGUGAAGUCACUGUGCGCGAUGGCACGUCAGGCUUCAGAGAAACCGAUCCCUGACUUUGGGUCUGUGAUCGGAGAGGAGUCCAUUGCUGUGCAGGAAGCGGAGUUCGGAGUGUUCCGCCUUCCCGCUGGAGACCCCUUUGUGGAGGAGAAGACAGUGCUGUGGAUGGGAGUGCUUUCUCUCGGCUUUGCACUGAUCUGCGAAGCUCACGAGAACUUAAUGCUGGCGGAGAAUACGCUCAAAUUGAUAGUGAAGAACUUAAUGGAGUGUUUAAAGCUGUUGAUUCAUGGCAAUGACAUUUUACUAAAGACGGACAAGAUUGAGAUGGUUCUGAAUACAUUCCUGCCACACGGACAACUGAUGUUUAUCAACUGUUGUUUCAUUCAAAGCCUGGACAAGGAGCUGAGUACUUGUAUGUCAAAGUGAGUCGCUCUCUGGAAUAUUCUUCACUUUUCUGGGGCAUUUCAUAAGCUAAUUGCUGGAAACCAGAGGAAUUAAAAUAACAUGCAUUCUGGCUACAAGGAUUUUAGCAUUAAUAUAGUGGUGCUGCAGCAUUGGGAAUGCAGGUUUAAUUGCCUGCAUAUCACUCAGUUCUUUUCAGUGAUUCAUCACUGAAUGGCCACAUACAUCCCCACAGGGUGAGGGGAGGAAAGACGAGGAAGGAUGAGGGGGAGGGGGGGCAAUUGAAAGUGGAGCUAUCUAUGAUUUACUUUUGCACUGUGAUAUAAAGCCAUCUACGAGCAGUCAUUGCAUUGGUUCCUAGAUGAAUGGUAUCUGGGGAGGUGAAAGAAAAUGCAUUGUUGCUGUUUACAUUUUUCAGAUCCUAAAAGAUCCUUUCAAAUGUUGAAUAAAAAUAGUAAAAUGUUUCUAUCUUA